AUGGACAAACGACAUAUUGUGGUGAUUGGUGCCGGAAUAAUCGGCCUUAGUGUUGCCUCUGAGUUGGCAGAUACCGGAAAGUAUACUCUCACUGUCAUUGCUGAUCAUAUGCCAAGUGACUAUAAUGUGUCUGAAUUAUCAAAGGAUGGUUACUUGUAUGACUACACUUCUCUCUGGGCCGGCGCUCAUUAUAGACCUUUCCCAUUCACUUCAGAACAUGGGAGAUUUGAACAAGAGCUCACAAGGAUUACUUACAAAAAAUUCAAGGAAAUAUCCGCAAACCAUCCUGAAAGUUCCAUUAAAUUCAUGAAGGGAAUCGACUUUAUCGAGGCUCCUUCAAAAGCAUAUUUGGGUCAGCUUAAUGGAUAUAGCGGUGAAUAUUUGGAGAAUUUUGAAAUUAUUCCGCACCCUACAAGAAAGAACAUCAAGUUUGGGGCACAAUAUGACACUUGGUCUUUGAAUUCACCUAUGCUUUUGAAAUUUUUGCAUCAAAAAUUAUUAAAGCAAAAUGUGAAAUUUGUUAAACUUCAUAUUAGAUCAUUGCUGCAAACCAUGGAGCAGUAUGAAAGUAACGAAAACUUUGUUGGAAUUAUUGAUUGUUCUGGUAGGGGAAUUCAAAUGACUCCUAUUGGCUCUCUGAAUACUGAUCCAAAUUGUUAUCCAAUUAGAGGCCAAACAUUGAUGUUGAAGUCUUCUAAACUUAAGAACACCUCUUAUUAUAACAAGACUAUUACAUAUCAAACCGUCAAUCCGAAGAAUAGUUCAGAGACUGAUUGGACUUUUAUUAUUCCAAGACCACCAUUGUCGGAUGGGGUGUUCAUUUUGGGAGGAACAAAACAAGAAAGACAGGAAUCUCCAAUAACUCCUAGAAGCGAAGAUCGCGAAGUCCUUUUAGGCCGGGCCAAGAAGUUCUUUCCUGAAAUCUUUGACUCGGAUGUUCCUCAAUAUGAGAUUUUAAAGAACGUGGUCGGAUUCAGACCUGCAAGAGUUGGCGGCUUUAAACUUGAAAAGCAAUGGUAUCCAAGGGCUGGAGGAAAAUUCAUAAUCUGCAGUUACGGUGCUGGUGGAAUGGGCUAUGAAUUAUCAUUUGGAGCAGCUUCCAAGGUGCUUAAGUUAGUGGAGAGUCAAGAAAAUUUUGCGAAGUUGUGA